CUGAAAAGCAUCAGCAUCUUUGCUACAACCAGUUGUCUGCAAACCUGCCGAAUCCAACAUUUAAAAAAAGGAACAACGACUGACUGAAGCCAUGAUCUCCACAUUACAGAAAACCAUAAGACCAUUUUGGGCUGUCAGAGGACUGCAUCGGUCUGCAGUGGAAGACUUGAAGCGCCCUGCCCCGGAGGACACCGUCACAGCCAGCUAUGGGAAGUUCAUCAGUGAAGUAAAGCCCCAACACUUGUCCCCCGUCGUGCUCCACCGCAGCAAAAGGAUGGUGCUGGACAGCAUCGGAGUCGGUCUGAUCGGGAGCACAACAGACGUGUUUGAGCUGGUGCUGCGGCACUGCCAGCACAUGUAUGCCCCUGAUCACAUCAGCUCUGUAUAUGGCCGCGGGGGCACCAGACUCUCCCCGAUACUUGCGGCUUUCGUCAAUGGAGUGGCUACUCACUCCAUGGACUUUGAUGAUACAUGGCAUCCUGCCACUCAUCCCUCGGGAGCGGUCCUUCCUGCUGUGUUAGCUCUCAGUGACAUGCUGCCUGCUAACAGUAAACCCAGUGGUCUGGAUUUCCUGCUGGCAUUCAAUGUCGGCCUUGAGAUCCAGGGCAGAUUGAUGAGAUUCUCUAAUGAGGCCCAGAACAUCCCAAAGAGAUUUCACCCUCCAACUGUGGUGGGGACCAUGGGAAGUGCGGCGGCAUGUGCUCGCCUCUUAUCUUUGGAUGACUCCCAGUGCGGUCAUGCCUUGGCUAUAGCUGCUUCUCUAGCAGGAGCCCCAAUGGCCAAUGCAGCCACUCAGUCCAAACCCCUUCACAUCGGUAAUGCCUCGCGCUUAGGGCUGGAGGCUGCUCUGUUGGCCUCCCAAGGCCUCGAAGCGAGUCCCUUGAUCCUUGAUGCCGUCGCAGGUGUGGCCGGCUUCAGCGCUUUUUAUGAAGACUAUGUGCCGCAGCCUAUACCAUCACCCGACGCUGAUGGCCACAUGUUUCUGCUAGAGGAGCAGGACAUUGGCUUCAAGCGCUUCCCUGCACAUCUGGGGAUGCAUUGGGUGGCAGAUGCUGCGGCCUCGGUCCAUAAUCUUCUUGUGGGCGUUGACCAUGGCACUGUUUCUCAAGCUAAAGUCCAAGAAAUCCUGCUCAGAGUUCCCAAAUCAAAGUACAUCAACAGGCCAUUCCCUGAGUCUGAGCAUGAGGCCCGUCACUCGUUCCAAUUCAAUGCUUGCACCGCUCUCCUGGACGGGGAAGUGAAUGUGCAGUCCUUCUCACCCGCUUCCAUGAGACGCCCUGAGCUGCUCGCUCUGCUGAGCCGUGUUCACGUUGAACAUCCCAAAGACAACCCAGCUAGUUUCAACAGCAUGUAUGGCGAAAUCCAGGUGACACUGGUUGGGGGUGAGGUUCUGAGAGGACGCUGCGACACCUUCUACGGUCACUGGCGCAACCCGCUGAGCAAUGAAAGCCUGAGGAAGAAGUUCAGAAACAACGCAGGGGCUGUGCUCCCCUCAGAGAAGGUGGAGGCGCUGAUUGAUGCAGUGGAGGAGAUGGACAAACGGGAGGACUGCUGCGCCCUUCUCUCACAUCUGCACUGAAUCCUUACAGACAGCUACACAAAUAGAUCUUAUAUAUGAUGCAAAUACUGAAACAUCUCUUGGUGAUAAUGUUUCUUGUAAUUAAUCAGUUUAUGGAGUGAUUUAUAUUGUAUAUUUGUAAAGUGCAAUCUAGUUACAUUGCAAAAGACAAUGAGAGAAUAUGUAUUGAUUAGAUGAAUUAAUAAUAAUGUAUGAAUAAAUACUGUAUCCUAUACUGUAGCUUUGGUGUUAAACGAUUAUAAAAUAUAAAUAAUCAUGGUAAUGCUCGAUGGGUGGACUUGUAAAUUCAUGUAACUAAAUACAAAAACAAAUAAAUAUAAACAAAGAAAAAAAGAUCCCUUUGAAAUGUUAAGUUUGUUUUAAAAUUGUACCAACACAAAAGAACUGUGUGGGUAAUUAAAUUGAAAGAAAAUGAAUGUGUGAGAAAAUGUUUAAUUCUAGCACAAGCGUCAGCUGUAUGAGGAAAUACAACA